AUGGAAAGCCUGAGCUGGAUGGCAAUUGUGCCCGGGAACGCGGAUCAAACCUCGCUCUUUUCCCUUCCUAGAGUUUGGUCUGAAAUUGUAGCGUUGUUACAGAUCUGGCUAUGUCAACUGGAGCAACGCCUAGUGAUUAGUAAAAUAUUGCAUCGAAAGCACGAGGAGCACAUCCGAAAGGAAUUCGAGCAUAUUGUCGGAGAACUGAGCAGUUUGCGACAUCAGAAUGUUCUGGAAGUGAUUGGUGUUUGUUACGGGGGUAUACUCACCAGCUGCAUUCACGAAUUCAUCAAAGAUGACCUCAGUCACUAUCUGAGAGAUCUGAACAUUCAACUUUCCUACAGGUCAGAAUUGCUUUUAUCAGUGUGUACACAAAUAGCUGCGGGUAUGUCUUAUCUGGAAUCGAGAAAUUUUGUGCAUGGUAAUCUCUCGGCCAGCAGCUGUCUGGUUGCUGGCGACGGCACAAUCAAACUUACUAAUUUCAACAUCGCGUCUGAACUUGAUCUCAACGACGAAAGUGACGCUACGCUUGGACGAAUCAGGUGGAUGUCCUGGGAGGCGGCUAUUGAAAAGAGGAUGACAACGAAAGGGGAUGUGUGGUCAUUCGGUGUCACAAUGUGGGAAAUACUGAACGGGUGUGGCCAACAGCCGUACAGAAUGCUCACUGAUAGCGAUGUAUAUAAAAAUUUAUUGUUCAUACAACGACACGGAACGCUUAAGUUUUGCCUGGAAAGGCCCGAAUUUUCGUCAGCAAAUUUCUACGAGGAAUUCAUUGUGCAGUGCUGGGCUCGCGAUCCCGAACAGCGUCCCUCAUUUCACUCGCUGCAUCGCCGCCUACAAAAUGUUACUUGUGUACAAAUGAGCGAAGGCUGUUAG